AUGUAUAUCUAUAAAGCAGGGAUAGUGCUGUUAAUGUUAGGAGUUGGAUAAUGUGAAGAUCAACCAAUUUCAGCCAGUUCAGACAUUAGUGGAACAGCAUUGUCAGUGUUCUUUAUAUUCUUUUUUUUGGGGAUUGGAUCGUUCAUGAAGGAGAUCAAUAAGAAAUUAAAGAUUCCAUUUUCUCCAAUGCUGUUUGUUUUGGGAUUGUUUUUCGGAUUUUAUUGGGAUUCUUUGGGGAUCAUUGGUCAAAGUUGCAAAAAGAUCAGCGAAAUUGAGCCGAUCGGAGUGUUGUUGAUUUUUCUACCAACGUUAAUUUAUGAAUCUGGGUACAACUUCGAUUGGCACUUAUUCAAGAGACUAUUUGCUUAGACUGCAAUAUUGGCAUUUCCUUGCGUGAUUAUAUUAUCUACAUUAUUGUAAUUGUCGGUAAAAGUAUUACUAAACUAUGGGGAUGACUAUUUCACUUGGGAAAGCGCAUUCAUGUUUGGAGCAAUGUUGAGUUGUACUGAUACCGUUGCAGUGUUGGCAUUAUUAAAGGAGAGUGGAGCAUAGAAGAGAUUUUAGAGUUUGAUAGAAGGAGAGAGUUUAUUGAAUGACGGAGCAUGCGUGAUGUUGUUUCAGAUAUCCUAUGGAAUAGUGAGGGGAAGAUCAGCAUCAGCAUUUGAUGUUGGGUCUUUAUUUUUUACGUUAUGCGUAGGUGGUACGUUGAUUGGAUUAAUCUUUGGAAUGGCCUGUGUGUAUUGGAUAAAGAAGAUAGCAAAUGACGAGAUCUUAGUAUUGAAUAUAACAAUAGUCUCUGCCUUUCUAGUGUAUUUCAUAUCUGAGAAUGUUGAUUUUGGAGUGCACAUAUCCGGAGUCUUAGGGUUGGUGUCAUUGAGUUUAUUUAUGGCUGCCUUUGGAAGAUCCCGUAUAUCUCAUGAGGCUGAUCAUGCCUUAAGAGAGUUUUGGGAAUACGUUGUAUUUGCAAGUGAGGUUAUCAUUUUUAUCUUGGGUGGAAUCAUUGCAGGAAUCAGAGUGUUCAAGGAUGAAAGUGAAAUAACAUAAUUGGAUUUCUACAAGAUGAUUGCUCUUUGGUGGUGUUUGAUGGGAUGCAGAUUCAUCUCCAUAGCAUUAUUCUAUCCAUGGCUUAAGAAUCUGGGUUAUGGAUUGUCAUGGUCCUAGAUAUUGGUCUUAACAUACGGAGGAUUGAGAGGAUCUAUUGGUAUUGCCUUUGCUUUAAUCGUUGCAAAGGAUGAAUCAUUACCUACUAAAUGGAGAGACAUUAUCCUAUUUCAUAUGUCAGGCAUUGCCGUUUGUACUCUUGUUGUUAAUGGUACUACUCUCUCUUUGUUGAUCAAAUUGUUGGGUCUGUCUACUUAAUCUGAUAUAAGAGAGAAGAUUUAUUCCAAUUUCUUAACUAAGUUGAAUGAAGAGAUAGAUAAUGAAUGCAAGAAAAAUAAUGAGUUGAAAUAUUUAAAAGAAGCUGAUGUUGAAUAUGUCAAAACUCUUAGUGGGUUUAAGGUCUAUCAGUCAGAUUGCAAUUAGAUUAUUGAUAAAUUGGCUAAGCAUGAAAAGGCUUAAAAAGAAAUUCAGAUGAAGAACAUCCAUCAACCAUUAAUGGAAGAAGAGGAAGAAGAAGAAUUAGAUCAAAAUCUCUUGACAGAAAUCAGAAGAAUCUUCCUCAUGGCAUUAAAAGGAAUUUAUAUGGAAUAAUUUGAAUCCAAUCAAUGUAGUCCUGAUACAAUUAUUCUCUUGACUGAAAGUGCCAAUUUAGAUCUUGACAAUGAUAAAGAACACAUGAAUUCUUGGGAAUUCUUGUAGAGUUAAUUUUCAGAAAGAUACAUUAAUUUGCUAUUCUAUAUGAAAGAUAAGUUUCUAAUUGGAAUUCUAGCUAGAAAUCACUUAUUUUCAUACAUCUAUACAAUUUACGAUGCUGUAUCAGCCUAUAUUGAAGCAAUUACAAUCUUAAAAGAGGAGGCCUCACAUUAUCAUUUUUCAUAAAACCUACUGUUGGAAAUCUUGAAUGAAGUUGAGGAUAAUAAAAAGUCAGCAAUUUCUUAUUUGGAAGGAUACCUCGAAGUCUCAUUUCCAGAGAUAUCAAGGGAAUUACAUACGAAAAAGGCUGCCUUUGAAAUUUUAGAAUUUGAAAAAUCUGUACUAAAGAACAAUUUGCAAUCCGGUUAACUGAAUGAUAAGGAAUUUUUGAGAAUGAAAAGAAAUAUUGAUAAGAAAGUUAAAAAUUUGAAUGAUUUGAAUCCCCCUUGGCAAAUGCCUUCAUUGAUUGACAUACUUACACAACACGAGUUGUUUAAAUCGCUUACAUAACCAAACAUACUGAAAUUGUUAGAAGGUUCUAGAGAGGAUUCCUUUGGUAGAGAUCAACUGAUUUUUAAAGAGGGAGACAGAGCAAGCGAGAUUUGUAUCAUCACUCGAGGGGCUGGUAAUGAGUUUAGUGAUAGAUCAAAAAUAAGGGAAAGAAGAGCGUUGAAUGAAGCUACCCCAAUUUAUAUGUUGGUUGCUCCUUCUAUCAGAUAUUAGACAUCCUUGGUUGCUGAUUGUGUCAUCAAUGCCACCUUUAUCAAGAUCCAAACAUUGCAAAUGAUCAUGAAAUAAAUUCCAGAGUUCGAAGAAGCCAUAUGGAGAAACUCGAUACCUCUUUUGUGUAGGGUAUAUAGUGACCAACUUAAGCCUUUAUGCAAUUUAAAAAUCAAUUAGAUUGUAGAAAUCGUCUCUAAGUCAGUGUUUCAGAAGAUAAAAAAAAAUUAAUUGAUCAGAUUUGAAUAGGGUGGUAUAUUAUUAAAAGGUACAUUGUGUGAGGGUAAGGAGAGUAUUUAAGAGGCGUCAUCGGAGGAUGAGGAUGCUUUGAAGAACUCAGGGGAGGAUUAGGAUUCGACUUAGAAGGACGCUUUGUGUUUGAUCGGUCCAACAUCUUCUCCUUUGAGGGCUAGGACUGGCAUAAUUGUGUUAUUAUUCAAACAGUAUCAAAUGCUUGAAUAAUAUAAUCAGUUGAAUCAGAACAUAAAUGAAGGGGCAAAAUCUUCAAAUAGAAGAUCAAGCAAGUCAGAUUUAUAGAAAAGAUCUUUAACGGUGGUGCAUUGA